GUGAGAUUCAGGCCGCUCUCGGUCCUGCUUCAUUUGCUCUUUGGGAGCUCCCUUGCUGCUAGCAAAGCUCGAAAAGAAUGGCGCGUAUAUAGCUCGACGAGUUCGAGCUCGAUCAGCGGCGUCUGUGUAGCCGCACCGUCCAUGUGUGCUCUUGGCCAAUGUCAGAGCUUGCCACGCACCAAGCAGCGACAGCAAGGUAGGACCAGAGCAGCUGACGAGUCUCCGGUAGCUUCUUCAGCCGUAGAAAGUCCACUCAAACAAUGCUUGCAGCGCGGCUGCCCGUCAGGAAGCGCGCUCUCACUGCAGACGGCAGCUCAGAUGACGCUCGCUCACUCAGUCGUUCCACUUCGCCCCACUCUGAUUAUGUCCAAGGAAGCUUGCGAGGUAGCAAUAGCGAUGUCAUCUCGAGCUCGGGUCGCUCGAAACGAUCAAGAACCGCGACAGACUCAACAGACUCGCUCGAGGUCAGACGAGCGUCAGACUCACCAAUGGCACAAGACACCGAAGACACAGAUCUUCCGACAAAGACUGACGGCGUAAGAGUCAGACAGUACCAACAUGAACUCUUUCAGAAAGCGAAACAGUCCAAUACCAUCAUCCGCAUGAAAACCGGAGCAGGCAAGACGCUCGUCGCAGUCAUGCUCAUUCUGUACGAGGCAGCAAGGCUGAGACGCGAGAUGAUGGUCCAAGAAAGGCCUUCCAGAAAGUUGCUCUGCAUGCUUGUGCCUACCGUUACGCUCGUGAACCAGCAAGUCGCGGCCAUACGCGAACAAACAUCGCUGCAAGUGCGUGGGUUUCGAGGCGAUAUGCUUGUCAGUGCCUGGGAUCUUCGAACUUGGCAAAUCGAGUUCGAUCUCGCAGACGUCGUCGUGAUGACGCCACAGAUCUUACUGAACGUGCUCAGAUCUGCCUUCUGGAGAAUAGAGAACAUCGCUCUUCUGAUAUUCGACGAAGCUCAUCACGCUCGAAAAAAGCAUCCCUACGCGCAUAUCUUGGACGAAUUCUACCAUCCACUAAAGCGCAAGCUUGCCCGAUCAGAAGCUGAGAUGUCUGAUCGACUGCCUCGCAUCCUCGGCUUGACAGCCUCACCUGUGUGGACAGCUUCUGAUCUAGUGUCAGCGAUUUCCGACCUCGAGCGCCGAAUGGACGCAACGCUCGUCGAAGUCAAAGAGCAUGCAGCCGAACUCGCUCAGUACAACCGCAAGCCAAGCGAACGAUGUCUCACGUAUCGUCUCGAUCGUGCUGGCAUCAAGACGCCCUUCGAAAUCCGGCUAGAAUCAUCUUCCAUUGCGUCUCUGCUGGAUCUCAAGUUCUGGCAACGAAUCGAUCAAGUCAAGGAGCGUCUCGGUCUUCUUGGCGUCGAUAUCUACAUCUGCGAGGCACUCGCACAGGCUCUUGCAAGAUCGACAAGUGAUGCCGCCGUGAAGAUCGACUAUGUCCCGCAAGAGUAUUGGAACGAAGCUUGUCUGUUGCAUAGCAGCUUCGUCGACGUUCUCGAGCAUACCACGCUGACCGAAAGCGGCAAACGUCAUAUCUCAGAUUCCCCGUCGACGGCAUGGUACGGGCAUUUGGCUUCUGCCGACUCAUCUUCCUCCGACAUCAGUCAAAAAGUGCGCAUACUGCUCGACCACCUGGAGACCUAUCGCGCGUGCAAAGAUUUUACAGCCAUCAUCUUCGUGCAGACGCGCUACCAGACCGCCGUGCUACAGCGCAUUGUCAGCAAAGCGGCCUGGCUAGAUUUCCUCAGUACCAACUAUCUCGUAGGCUCUACGACCGGCAACCCGGCAGACAUGGCCAAGGGCGUAAUGCGACCUAAGCAACAGCUCAAACCUGUUCAGAGUAUACGCGAGGGCCGGUGCAACACGCUUUUCGCUACUUCGGUCGCAGAAGAGGGACUCGAUCUCUCCUCUUGUAACCUUAUCGUCCGCUUUGAUCCUGUCAGCACCCUUGUGGGUUACAUCCAGUCCAGAGGAAGAGCGAGAGCUGUCAACUCGGACUACCUCGUCCUCGCAGAAGCCGAUACCAGCGAAGAAUACGACUGGCAGACAUUGACGGCCAGUGAGCAGCAGAUGCUUGAUCAUACAGGUCAGCGCGACAUCUUCGAAGAAGGCGAGCUCUCAAACGGUGAAACUGUCAGCGCCACGCCAACCUAUCUAGUACCCUCGAGCGGAGCUUUGCUUACGUUGUCCUCGUCGGUCAUGACGCUGAACCAAGCAUUUGCUGGUCAGCGAUCAGAAGGUACGCAACUAUUCAAGCAGCCGAUCUACGAGAUCGUAUCGACCGACACCGGCGACUAUGCUGCCACCGUUAUUCUGCCGCCCGUAGGCACCCUCUACGAGCACCAUCGCACGAUCACAGGAGCUGUAGCAUCUUCCCGGAGCGCCGCGAAAGCUCUUGCCGCUUUCGAAGCCGUCAUCCUGCUCUUCAAAGCGGGUAUCAUCAAUGAACGCCUGGUUCCGCAUUACGAAGAAAACAAUCGAGCUGCAACACGAGGCGUCAAGACGAGUCGCGACGCAACACUGGACGUGCACGAUGCAGAUGGGCGCAAAAUUGACGUUGGUGCGGUGCCGGAAACCAUACGCAUUAAGUCGGAAGGACUCUACGGCAAUGCUUGGCGCAAAGACGAGACUCUGUAUCUGCAUGAGAUCAUCUUCGUUCGGAUGCAAGGCGAGCAGCAGCGAAUCGGGUUUGUGUGCGGUCGCAACGUCGAUCUCGACGAGCGUUUGCACAUCUAUGAAGAACCUGGCACAAGCACGCCUUCGACAUCUUUCACGCUAGAAGGCUCCCGCACUCUCACAUUCGCGACGGAAGAAGCCCGGCAGGAAGCUCUGGCUGUGCUCGAUGCCUAUACGCGUAUUCUGUACCAAGUUGGCGUUUGCCGUCGCGAUGUCGAAGCCAAGCUAUAUCACUUCUUUGCGCCUCUGGUCACGGCGGACGAUGGCUUGGACAUCGAUUGGGCCAUCGCAAGAGCACCUCUCGUGCCCUUCAAUCCUCUUCAAAGACACACAGCAGGCGAGCUGAUUGUUUGCCCGUUCCGUCGGAUGACCACCUCGCGACUCUGGAAUCUUGUUACUGUCAGAGAGGAUUUGAGUCCGCUAUCUGCGCCUGUACGGCUCCUGCCACCCGGUCAAGUCAAGUUGCAGACGGAUACCAAGAUGCUCGCGUGGGACUGCUACCAAACAUGGCUCAAAGUCGUCUUCAACUUCCGUGACGGCGAAGUCGCAUCUGAUGAGAUCAUGAUUCAUCUCGAUCCUUGGCCGCAGGUUUGCAAUAACCUCUUGCCUGUCGAUCUACAUCCUCGCAAAUUCGGCUUGCAGUGCGCGGUCCCGGCAUCAAUGUGCUUCAGUAGCCGGCUAUCAGCAGCAGAUUGGAAGAUCGUCAUGCUUGCGCCCGCAUUCCUACGCAAUAUUGGUGACUGCCUGCAAGCACGCGCUGCUAUACGAGACUUGCGUUUACCACCAAUUGCGAUGCAUCGCAUGAUCGAAGCGCUUACAUUGCCUGGCAGCGCGGUUGGACGAUCGUACGAAUCUAUCGAGACGCUCGGCGACUCCGUUCUGAAAGUGUUGACAUCAGUGCACCUCUAUCUCGCUUAUCCGCUCAAGUCGGAAGGCGCCCUGACAUGCUUGCGAACAAAUUCAGUCGAAAACGUCUACUUGCACCACAAAGCAGUCGAAAGCUCGCUCGGCAAGUAUCUGAUUCACGAGCGUAUGCGACUCAACACUUGGCUUCCGCGUGACGCCGAGCAUUCCGCCGAUAUGGGCGAUGGCUGCGAAUUCGAGCGCAAAAUACAACGCCGUGCUCUUUCCGACUGCAUCGAGUCGAUUUUGGGAGCGGCGUACUUGACGGGCGGACUGUCCAUGGCGAUGGACACUGCUCGUGCUUUCAAUCUUCCUCUCGGUGACGGCGCCAGCUGGAGAUCUCGAUCGAUCGAAGCAAGGCGCAGAGAGCGAUCGGUCAGUCCGCGAAUCGGCGAGCUUGAAGACCUCGUCGGCUAUUCGUUCAGCAAUAACGACUGCCUGAUCCAGGCACUGACGCAUCGAAGCUACCUGUCGCCGACUACACCGAGUUACGAGCGAGAAGAGUUUCUCGGCGAUGCAAUGCUCGACUUUUGGGCUAUCACGCGUCUCUAUGCUCGCUUCGAUGGCAUCACGCCGCAACAGCUCUCGCGACUGCGAGCCUUGCUGGUCUGCAAUGGUACGCUGGGCUACGUUGCCAUGCUGCGCCUCAGACUUGGCGAAUACGUUUUGCACAAUGCAGACGAGUUUACAGAUCAGCUCGAGAUCGCUCAGCAGCAGGCCGAAGCAAUGCCGCCCGCAGAAUUUUGCGAGCAAGUCUGGUUUUGGGACCCGCCAAAAGUCUUGGGCGAUUGCGUCGAGGCAAUAGCUGGUGCAAUCUUUGUCGAUUCUGGUGGCGACCCCGAGCUCGUCUUUAAGUACUUUGAUCGCAUCCUGGGGCCCCUCAUGCAAUACAUUUCACCCAAUAUGCCAGCCGAUCCUGUGUCACGACUCGCUCAUCUCAAGCAAGAGCUGCGAGCGGGCAAAAGCAUGGUUCUGCGCGGCGUCAAGCGUUCGCUAGACGCGCCUCACGAAUUUGUCUUUGAGGUUCGCAAGCAAGAGAUUUGUCGACGCUCGCAUCGAUCCAAGGCGGUUGCCGAGCAGCUUACGGCAGCAGCCGCCCUCGAACACUGCGCUGCAUGGACAGAAGAGGACAAGCUCAAUCUGAUCGGCGUCGAUGUUCACGCGAACAAUGUCACGCAGCUGCGAGACUGGAAGACCGGAGAGCUCUCUCGCAUUCGCGACACACCCGAAGCCGAUGCAAUCGACGUAUCGAGAGGGGUACCCGGCCUGAAGUCUGUGCGCAAAAGCCCAGGCAUCGAUGUUGCGUGCAGCACGGACGCUGAGCUUUUCGACAAUCUCCCUGACGAGGCUGGCGACAUUACUCACGUCUAUGCCCAUGAUAGCGCCCUCGAUUCGCAUCUCAAUCUGGGACGUGCGCCAAAGAUUGCUCUCAUGACCGACAGCGAUGACGAUCUAGAAGUCAGCGCCAUCGCUGCGUCUCUACCCAAUCUGACAGUCAGCACAAUGCCGUCUUAGCCGAUCUUUCUGUGUAUCGCUCUUGUCGUUGUAUAUCGCUCUAGAAGCUGCAUGUCUGUGAAUGAUGCAUCAAGUAUCGUGCAAGCUAGGACAGGACAACAACGAAUCGUGAUAGUGCUCCUCAGAUACCUCCGCCGCUCCGCAGAGUAUCGGGAUGACCGAUAUUGCCCUUGUUCAUCGCUUGUGAUUGAGACUUCUGGAACUGAU